GAGGCAGCUGGUGCCUCUUAUGUGGAGGAGGCAGCAGGAGAGAGCUCUGGCCUGCCGUUGAAAACUGCGGCCGGCCGCCUGCCGAAGGGGCUGCCCGUGGAGGAGCCCGUCCUGUCCGAGAAAUCCAGUCAGAUGGAUCUUCGGAAAGAUGAGAACCUUGGCGUGGGCUGCGAGGGCAGCGUUGGAAGUCAGUCCAAGGCGUCCGUUUCCGAGAAGAAAGUGGAGGCGAUCGACGCAGCCAGGACCGAGGGGAAGUCCCAGCCACCGGCUUCAAAAAAGGAGGACGCCCAUCCUCCUGGUGGAGAGUGGGAGAACACGCUGAAGUCCCCGGGGCAGGCGGAGAGGGACUCCGACAUCAGUCAGCUGUUCACUUCUCUUCAGCAGUACUCCGACAGUGACGGCAGCCGAAGUCAGGUUCCCGACAGUACGCAACGGCGGCCGAGCCAGGCCUCGCUGGCCAAGGUCGUCGACCUCCAAGCAGAGCUUAAGUCGGAUCUGCAGCCCCGACCAGAGGACAGGCUCCCAGAUCCUGUCUCGCCUGGUCGAACUCAGGACUUCCUCAUCUCUGCGCUCUUGGCAGAGGAUGGUACAGGUGCCACGGCUUCGGUGCCAGGGAAGCCACCACUGCCACCAGGCACGGCCAGGCCUGCUAAGGCACCCGAUGCCAGCGCGGCCGCAGGCACAGGAAUGGAGGCUGUGCCCGAAGGAGAGGCCUUGAAGGCUGCUGGCUGA